GUCGGUAAAUCGUUCCAACAGCCAAGUCCGCAACCUGCUCGCUAUGUUCGAGAACAACAACAACCACACAUCCACCGAUUCCACCUCACCAGACCGCGGUCGCUCCAACGGCCAUCUGUCCCCAUCUUCCAACGGCGACCGUCCCCUGUCCAAGGUUCGCUCGAGCUUUGUCUCCGUCGAGCACGGCAUUCCGACCAGCCCAAGUCCAGCCAUGGAGAUCGACCCGCAAAAGACCAAGGAGGAGUACCAGUCCAGACAGGAGAGCUCCGCCAGCCUUCGCCGCCACAGCUUCAGUCUCGAUGAAUCAAAGGAUGGAAAUGCCCUCGCCAACCUCAGGCAAAGCAUGAGCCAAGAGGAGGAACGUCGAGGCUCGAACCCCAUGGUGGCCGAGACCAUCCCGGAGGCUGCCAUCGAACAGACCCCUGCUGCCACCACUCCCGCCGUAGAGGCCAAGGACUACAUGGCAGCCGGUCACGUCGCACAUGGCAAUGGUGACCUGCCCCAGAGCAAGCUCAGGGAUGAGGUUUCAGCCGAUGAUAUGGCCGAGAACGGCGAUGCCAGCCCGUCCACGGACAGCGACAAGCCCCAAGCCAUGCCACUUCCCGUUGAUGACAUGCCUGCCGACAACCCUGACAAGCCGGUUUCUGGUGUGCAAGAGGAAGCCGGCUCAAUGCAGCCUUCUGACCUUAAAGAACGAUCCACUGUCUCUCCCACCCCUAGCGCCAAUGGCGAACCAGAGACGGCACCUGCUCCACCAGCUGCGCUUCCCUCACGCGCCCGUCGCGGUACCGUCACUGCCGUCGACGCAAGCCCUGCCCCUGUGCCUCAUAGACCCGCCAAUAUUGUCGCAACCGCUCCUGAGCCCGAGGCUGAAGCUUCACCCAAGACACCAACUUCUGUCAAGAAAGCCCCUGCACCUACCUCGGUCAAGAAGUCGCCAGCAGCCAAGUCGUCUACCCUCUCACCCAAGCCCCCUGUUCGGAAGCCUAGCAAUUCUUCUCUGGCUCAGGCUAAGACCAAGUCCGACGCUGUUUCCGCAAAGACAAAGUCCCCCCAAUCCAAGCCUACUCGUCCCCGAUCGCCCACACGACCAAUCAAGGUGUCAUCGCAUCUUACUGCGCCAACCGCCGCAUCAGCAGCAAGACAAGAUAAUCAGUCUUCCAAGCCUUCUGUUUCUGUUUCAAAGCCUGCUGUGAACAGUCGCCCACAACCGCGUGCUCCUGCUGCUGCCGCAAAGCCUACUGCGAGAUCAUCGAUUGCCUCGACUUCGAAUCCACCCAAAAAGACUGAAAGCAAACCCGCCAUCUCUUCGAAGGGAACCGAUGACAGUUUCCUCGCACGCAUGAUGAGGCCAACCGCCAGCUCAGCCAGCAAGGCCCACGAGAAGACCGAGGCCAAGAGUCCUCCCAAGCGAACACCCUCCGUGAUCAGAUCAAAGAUAGCGCCUAAGGCCAAGACAGGAAAGGCCGAGAAGACCAAAUCAUCAACAUCCAUCGAGAAGGCGGAUGGAGCAGCAGGCGCUUCGACACCACAAGCAGCUGACAGUGAUCAAGGACAGGAGAACUCAUCAUUAGAGGCUACUCCAGCUUUCGAAGCACCUACUAUUCGUUGAGAUCAGAAGAUUACGAAAGCACUGGGAGAUGAUUGGAGCGUGUUCGAUACCAUUGUCGUGCAUUUGGGAGUGAUUAUACCCGCAUAGCGCUGUUGGGAAAGAAAAAGCGACUUCAGAAAGCUUAGCAUUAGACUAGAUCAGCAAAGGUAUCAGACUUGAUUCUGUUCUUAUGGUUGUCGAGAGGCUUCGGCUCGUCCUUUUGGACGAAGCUAACCAGCCCCAACAGUGACAGGCCUUGAGGAGUGAGAAGUCGUAUUUCAAUCAGUGCCGUUUCGACAAGCAAACGCAAGUGAGAUAUCAGAGUCAUAUGUCGCGUAGGAGUACGAGUAGUUUCAGUUC